AUGGCCGAACGUCUCGCCUCAGAAGAAGUCGGGCAGGUCUACCACUCAAAGAUGUCGCAAGAGGACAAGGACAAGGCCGUCAGAUCAUGGCUUGAGACUGAUCACAUCAUGUUUGCCGCGUCAGCUUUUGGCACUAGCCUCAACUACGGACAGGUGUCCCUAAUGGUCUACUACAGCGCGCCAUACAAUCUCAUUAACUGGGUCCAGAUGGCUGGUCGUGCUAGGCAAGACAGCUCGCCUGCCGUCGCUGUCAUUCGCUAUGUCGCUAGAAACAACGUCCUUAAUAAGCCACUGCCCCGAUUCCUAAGCGCCCCAUGCUUCCGUCAGUUCACAGACGCCUACUUCAACAGCGUCUAG